AUGACUAGCAUCAAUAUUAGUAGGGAUUCGGAAGAUUUCUCCAUUAAUAGUAGUUAUCCAUCUGCAGAAUCAUUCCCCAGAGUUUACACUAAGCAAGAAAAUCCUUCUAUAUUAACUAAUGGAGAUAAAACUACUGAUAAAGAACAUCCUAUCUCGUUGGCUCACACUUUCUCUAAUACUUCAAACUUUACCACGAUGACAAAUUUAUCGAAGAUUACUUCAUUGAAGCAGACAAUUAGUCAUCAUAUCGUUAGUAUUAGAGACGCAGUCAAUGAUGAUAACGAACAAACUUACAAAGAGGAAAGUAAUGUUGAAAAUUUAUUAAAAGCAAAAUUUGAAUUAGGUGAUGCCACAAGAUUAAGCUCAUACAUUUUAGAAUAUCCAAGUUCUAUUAAUGAUGACGCUAUCGAAGAUUCAUGCGUCAAUAGUAAUGCAGAGACUAGUAAUAAAGAUGGUUCCAAUUUAGGGAAAAAGCGAAAAGAAGCCUCACAAAAAACACUUCUUUCUCGUAUGAACAUCCUUGAGAAAGUAUUCCCCUCGACAUAUGAUUCAGGAACUACCGACCUACCUCCCGAUGGUGGGUAUGGUUGGGUUUCUACUUUUUGUACAUUUCUUGCCAUGUUUUCCACUUGGGGGUGUAAUUCAGGAUUUGGUGUCUUUUUAGCGUUUUAUUUGAAUAAUAACACCUUUAAAGGUGCAACUGAAUAUGAUUAUUGUUUAAUUGCAGGCCUUACUAUUUGUUUGGGUCCUUUAUUAUCACCCAUUGGGAUGAUUACCAUGAAAAUUAUUGGUAUCAAACUAACUAUGUGGAUCGGUAUAAUGAUGCUAUUGGCAGGAUUUCUAAUGUCUUCUUAUAGCACAAGAUUAUGGGAAUUAUAUCUAACUCAAGGUGCUCUUGUUGGAGCGAGUUAUAGCUUUAUUGCCAUCCCCGCUACUACGGUUAUUCCGGGUUGGUUCUUAAAGAAAAGAGCUGUUGCAAUGGGGAUAUCUAUGAUUGGUACAGGGGCGGGCGGUGUCACCUAUAGUCUUGCAGCAAAUAAGAUGAUUCAAGAUAAUAAUGGAACGAGGCAAUGUCUAAGAGUGUUUUGCAUUACUUGUGUCGUCGCUUGUGCCAUUUCUGCUAUUCUGAUAAAACCCUAUCAUAAAGAGCAUCCAAUUGGUUUUAGAUCUAAGUCGAAAAUUAAAAAUGAAUUCAAAGUAAUGUUUGAUUUGAAUGUCAUAAGGAGGCCAGUUGUUUGGUUAGUUACUGUUUGGUUUACAUUUGCUCUUUUUGCCUAUAAUUUAAUGAUAUUUACUUUGUCUUCAUAUGUUGUCGCGAGAGGUAUGUCGCAACAUGAUGGUUCUACAAUAACAGCCAUUGUAAACGGCUGUCAGGCUAUAGGCAGGCCAAUUAUGGGGUUAGUAGGUGAUCGUGUAGGGAGAAUUAAUAUCACUGUAGUUUUAACACUUUGUUUGACAAUUUUUUUCUUUGCUUUCUGGAUACCAGCCCAUACUUUUUUACAAUUAAUUUUCUUAGCUAUUUGCCUUGGUUCAUGUAUCGGUGUAGCUAAUGUAAUGAGUACGGUAUUAAUUGCUGAUGUGGUUGCUCCUGAAGAAUUCUUAACUGCUUGGGCAUUUGUCAAUUAUUUUAGUAGUCCUUUCUUCUUAGUUUGUGAAGUCAUUGCUCAAGCGUUAAAAAUAAAAAAGCCAGUUUCCAACCCUUAUAUUCACACCCAAAUAUUUGCUGGUCUUUGUAUUUUUGUUGCAUUAUGUCUAGUAUGUUGUUUACGUUCUUUAUCAGUAAACAAUAAGUUAAAAGAUAGACAAACUGAAACUUUAAAAUCAUUAGACAAUCUUCACAAAGAUUUGUCAUCUAAAAUAUCGGAACAAGAAUAUGAUAUUUUAGAAAAAAGAAAAGUAAAGUAUGUUCUUCUUUUAGGAGGAGGAAUCAAGAAAUUCUUUAUUAGAAUGUUUUACCCGAUGAAAGUUUGA